GGGCACAUUCCUGUCCUUCUGUUCAAGCAUUCCUGCAGCUCCACAAACCGGUGACGCGCAAAUGAAAAGUUCGCGAUUUUAUUGAGGCGCGCUCUCAGAAACGGAAGCGGAUCCAGAUUUGCGCUCUUUUACUGUGUCUGAACGCCGCGUUUUGCACCGAGUCGUGUGUCUGGACGCCGGUAACUCAGCUCGUGUUGUGUCUGAGUUUUGGGCUCGCGUUUGCGAUGAUGUCUGUGAAGUGUCUGGACGCGGUAAAGCAGAAGAUCCAGAGUCUGCAGCGGCAGGCGGAUGAUGCGCAGCAGCGGGCAAACUUUCUGCACAAACAGCUGGAAAACGAGAGAGAUCUGCGCGAGAAAGCUGAAGGAGAUGUAGCAGCGUUGAACCGCAGGAUUCAGCUGGUGGAGGAGGAACUGGACCGAGCUCAGGAGAGACUGGCCACUGCGCUUCAGAAACUAGAGGAGGCUGAGAAAGCAGCCGAUGAGAGCGAGAGAGGCAUAAAGGUGAUCGAGAACCGCGCCAUGAAAGAUGAGGAGAAAAUGGAAAUUCAGGAAAUACAGCUGAAAGAGGCCAAACACAUCGCUGAAGACUCCGACCGCAAAUAUGAAGAGGUUGCCCGUAAGCUGGUGAUUCUGGAGGGGGAACUGGAAAGAGCAGAAGAAAGAGCAGAGAUCGCAGAACUUAAAGGUGGAGAUCUGGAGGAAGAGCUGAAAAAUGUAACCAACAACCUCAAGUCUUUGGAAGCCCAAUCAGAAAAGUAUUCAGAGAAAGAGGACAAAUAUGAGGAUGAGAUCAAAGUUCUGACUGAUAAACUGAAAGAGGUUGAAACGCGUGCAGAGUUUGCAGAAAGGACUGUGGCCAAACUGGAAAAGACCAUUGAUGAUCUGGAGGAGUCUCUGGGUGAGGCGAAACAGCAGAACCUGGAGAUGCAUCAAGUGCUGGAUCAAACACUCCAAGAGCUCAACAGCUUAUGAACAAACAACACGAGUAGUAAACACAUGGAGAAAGAAAACUUCCACAGUCAUUCCAGCAGUUUCAUCUGCAGCCUCUUUUGUGUUUUUCCUUUUGUGUGCUGUAGGUAUGUUAUUUCAGUCCGUUGUUGUAUCGUAAUCUUUUGAUUCUUUUCUAAAGCUCCUAUUUAGUCGGUUACAUGUUACUUUUGUCCCAUUUGUAUGUAAAAUACACUAUAGCCAAUGUGUUAAAGGGCCAUGAAACCCCCUCGUUUCAGCAGGGUGUUUUCACACCUCUACUUUGGAAAAAGUCAGAAAAGUGGGCGUGUCCAGCUCUGUUUAGGGGGGAGUGUCGGAGGAACUAAAGUGGGAUGGUGUGGGAGUGUCUAUUUGUGCACGCGCGAGUUUUCAGAGUCAAAAUACACCCACACAGACAGGAGAAAGUGAUGGUGUUUAACCUACAUGGACAUCUGUAGUCGAAUUAUUUGCUGAAUUAUUAAAGGGUGGACUUUAACUGCAGUUUGGCUCUUUCAUUCAGGGAAUUCAUUCAUGCCCCUCGCGACAAACGAGAUAUUUGAUUCGAGGAACUGCUGCAAGCGUGUAUUUUUCAUGCAAUGUUUGAUACCGCACGGCAAAUGAGAGAAAAAAAAAACUCCGCAUUUCCCGGAAACUUAGAUGCACACGACAGGUUGCGUCAGAAAGCUGCGUGUGUUAUUCCGGUCACUAAAUGCGGUGCUAACAUUUCUGCACUCAGUGCAAUAGUUAACUUAAUUCGAUACAAACAAACUGAAUAAACAAAGAGCACUGGUCGCUCACUUACCAAAUCUGUAGAGACAGAACAAUCACCAGCAACUAGAGCCGCGUCUUUAUGAAGAGAAGACUACAAGCGAAUCCAGAUCUCAGCGUUUGCAGAUGAGAACAGCUCUCAGGUAAACAAUAAUCCUCCUUAGACACGCAAGUUAUUGUUGUCGAGCGUCGCAUACACUGUUAAUCCACACGUGAUCCAGAUAAGCUCUCACAGAGAGAAAAUGAAAACGAAACUUACGGCAGCAAACUAUAAAAGCAACACUUCACGCUUGUUUUGCCAACACAACGUGGCGUCUUUGUGGUGUAAACACGGUGACACAAAUGAAUAUUAAUGAAGUUGCACAAUAGAGCGCGCUGAUUGGUUUGAACCAAGCCUUACUCAUGCAUUAAUGCAUCACACUGUAAUAAGUAAUAAGACACACUCUGGCACAGACGUCCAGUCUGCACGCUGGAAUACACGCUAUUAUGUCAUGACCGUGACGCAGCUUCAAAAAUUCGUUUCAAACAGGAAGUAGGAAUUUGCUUGAAAUAACGCAAAAACAACCAAUUUACACUUUUUAGUGAAAUAUAGGUGUCCUAAUAGUGUUUUUAGCAGUGUGGGACACAUAUACGACUGUCAACAGCUCAAAAAAUGUGUUUUGGUGUUUCGUGACCCUUUAAAGGUGUUUUUAGGUCAUUUUGGACAAAGAUAAAACCCAAAUGUUUCAAUCUUUUCAUUUUUUUGCGAGUCAGUCUUCUGUGUAGGGCCAUUUUUGCUUUAUUUAUUAGUUCUGAAUGAACUCAAAGGAGGAAGUUAUGCUUAAAACAGUGAAACUGCAAUAACAAAUCUCAGUACUGUCAGGGGUGUAGUGGACAUUUUAAAAGUGAAGGGGUCCGCUGUAUGAAAUCCAAAAGUUUACAUUCUCAAUCAUCUGUUUCUAAAUGGUCUGUCUCUAAAAGUGCGGGGGACUUGUCCCACCUGUCCCCCCCCCCCGGUUGCUACACCCGUGUGUACUGUUACUGCUAUAGUACUGUUACUUAGUAAAUCAUAUUGUAGUUGUGAUAUUGGGAAACAUACUGUAUAGGAAUGAACCAAAAGAAAAAUCACAAUGAAGGUAUUAUUUGUUUGAAUAUACAGAUUUCUUGAACUGUUUUUAAUAAUUAAUAAGUCUUGAUAAUUAGUUGGUUAUUUAGUGGGACCUUUUUGUACACAUGGUGCCUGUAAGGCCUGUUUAACUGUUGUUUUAUACCCAUAUUAAACUCAAUAAAUGUUUACUUAUUUGUA